GGACCGGCUCGCCUCUUCAGCCGCGCUCGGCCAUGGGGCCGCUCGAGCUGCUGCUGCUGGCGCUGGCGGCAGUGGGUCCGGCGCAGGGCGCGGGGCUGCCUCCUUCGACGACGCCGCCCGCGUCCUCCAGCGCGCAGUGCCUAGACUCCUCCUGCUUCGGCUUGUUUUGGGAGGCGCGGAGCUUCCCCGAGGCCGAGAGCGCCUGCCAGGCCAGCGGCGGACGCCUGAUGCGGGCGCGCUCGACGGUGGCGGCCGAGGCCAUCGAGCUGCUGCGGCGCGGGCGGGCGGGCGGCGUGUGGUUGGGCUUGCGCCUGCCCGAGGGCCGCUGCGUGGAGCCGGGCCGGGCGCUGCGCGGCUUCCAGUGGGUGGCGGGAGACGAGCGCACCGACUACGAGGCCUGGGCCGGCGGCUGGCCGGCGGCGGGGGGCUGCGGGCCGCGCUGCGUGGUGGUGAACGCGGCUCUGCGCUGGGAGGAUCGCGCCUGCCAGGCGGCCGCCACCGGCUUCCUCUGCGAGUACAGCUAUCCCGGCGGGACCUGCGGGCCGCUGGCCCUGCCGCCGGGCACGGCCGCCUCCUACACCACCCCCUUCGGCGUCCGCGACGGCGACCUGUCGGCCUUUCCCCCGGGCACGACGGCGGAGGUGCCCGGCCUGGACGCGCCCCUGGAGUGCCAAGCGCGCGCCAACGGCUCCGCGGGGUGGGGCGCGGCUGCGCCGGGCGCCUGGCACUGCCAGCUGGAGCGCGGCGGCUGCGAGGGGCAGUGCCAGGAGGACGAGCUAGGGCGCCCCUUCUGCACCUGCUCCGAGGGCACCGCCUUGCGCCCCGACGGCCGCGGCUGCCUCUCUCCGUGCGCCGAGCUGCGCUGCCAGCACCAGUGCGUGCCGCAAGGGGACCACGGUCUCUGCAUGUGCCAGGAGGGUUACGAGCUGGACGCGGACGGGCGCAGCUGCCUGGACGUCGACGACUGCGCGGCCCACCCGGGCCCUUGCGAGCAGGAGUGCCUCAACACCGCGGGGGGCUUCCGUUGCCGCUGCUUUGCGGGCUACACCUUGGUGGACGGGCGAUGCCUCAGGAACGAGGCGCUCUGCUUUCACCUGUCCUGCCAGCACGAAUGCGUCGUCGUCGACGGGACUUCGCGGUGCGCCUGUUUCGAGGGCUUUGCUCCGGACCCCAAAGACCCUCAGCUUUGUGUCAGGUUCUGCAACAGCUCGGAAUGCCCCGCCCAGUGCGACCCGCACACCCCGAAGAGCUGCUAUUGUCCCGAAGGCUACAUCAUCCACGAGAACGAGGACGGAGCAAAGAUUUGCAGGGACAUCAACGAGUGCGAGGAAGGGUAUUGCGACUGGGCCUGCCGCAAUUGGUUUGGUGGCUAUGAAUGCUUUUGCCCCCCGGGGCAAAGAUGCGAGGGGGCUACCACGGGGCCCCUGGACGAGGGCUCUGGGGACGAGACUCUUCGCCCCACCCAAACACCUGUCAUCACUUCUGGGCCACCAAGGGACCGUCGCAGCCCAGGCACCCUGGUUGCCAUCAUCGUCAGCACCGCGCUCUCUUUGGUUGCCUUAGCAGCUGUUGUGUGGUGCUUUCUGAAAAAACCGUGCGUGUCGCGCACUAGAAUGGAUUACAAAUGCCAGCAGCUGCAGACGGAAGUGGUGAUGGGACAGGUUCGACAGGAAAGUGCUUCUUACAAACAGAAAAUGUAAGGGACUUCUUGGGAAGGGAGGAGGCAGUGAUGUGGGUUGGUUUAAGUUAUUUUCAAAAAGGGUUAAAAAACGCUCACCAGUUCCAGAAGAAUUUUACAGCAGAUGAACUGGCCCAGAUUUAUUUUAUUUGUGGUCGCCCACAGGGACUCUGGAAAAAGAUGUUUCUUGACUUCCUGAGACCUGGUUGAUCCUGAUGUGCUGAAAGCUGUGUUUAUUGGGUUCAGCACUUGAGUUUUAUGUGAUGAGGCAGCAUGCGCAAUGGAGUGAAGUCUUCCGCGUCCUGGGACUUCCGCCCCAGCAACAUUUCUCCAGAUGAAGCGUGAAGUCUUUGUUCUUUCUUCUCCUAGACGUGUUGAUGACGGCAUGUUUAGAACAUCUGGUGAACUGGAGAAACCUCAUAUGCUACUGCUGAAUCCAGAUGCUUUUUUUUUAAAAAAAAGACAUUUUCCAGUUGCCAGAGAUAGCACAAGAUGUUUACAUUCUGUUGUUCUCUCCUUGGGGUUUAUGUUUUGUGUUGUUGUUUACCCUCCUGUCGAUGUGUUAUCUGUGCCAUAUUGUUUGUUUGUUUGUUUGUUUGCAUCAGUUACAGUAAAGAAUUGCUUACAACAGCUUGUGCCAAAUAAACAUGCAAGGGUGUAACCCUGGGGAAAUUU